UUAUCGAGUAAUUACAAAAAUUAAAGGGAGUAACUUCCAUCAAUUGUCAACAAGAGAAGUUUACCCCCUCUACUAAACUUCAUUACAGUUACAGCUGACAUUUUUCAAAAAAUGGCGUCCUUCAAGAAGAUAAAUACUAAAGUAUUCGCAAGAUCGGGAACUGAAUUAACCUCGGAUAAUAUAUAUUGGAAAAAAUAUACUGCUCCCGUAUUGGUGAAAGAAUUUGGACCAAUUGAUUAUAUAGACUUUUCACCUGUAGAACCACAUUACUUUGCUGUCACAUGUUCUGUAAGAGUACAAGUGUACAAUCCAAUUACAAAACUUGUCACAAAGAAUCUUAGUAGAUUUAAAGAAGCUGCUUAUGGUGGUUCUUUUCGCAAUGAUGGAAAAUUGCUUUGCGCUGGGGGUGAAGAAGCAGUUGUCAGACUUUUUGAUGUUAGCACAAAAAGUCUCCUAAGACUUUUCUCUGGACAUAAAGCUGCUGUACAUAGGACAUUUUUCACCAGUGACAAUCAUCACAUUGCAUCUUUUUCUGAUGACAAGACUGUCAUAUUUUGGGAUAUACCUAGUGAAAAACAAAUUAUAUCUUUUAAUGAACAUUCAGAUUAUAUCAGAGCUGGUGCAGUUAGUCCAAUUUCUAAGGACAUAAUCUUAUCUGGUGGUUAUGAUAAACACAUAUACAUGUAUGAUACAAGAACAAACACAAAAAUUCUUAAUGUAAAUCAUGAAGCUCCUGUUGAAAGUUUAUUAUUUUUACCAUCUGGUGGAAUAUUUUUAUCUGCAGGUGGAACCGAAAUUAGAGUAUGGGAUGCACUUGCUGGUGGCAGAUUACUUGCAAAAAUCACCCAGCAUCAUAAAACUGUGACCUGUCUAAAAAUAGCUUCAAAUGGUCAUAGAAUUUUGUCUGGGUCGUUAGACAGACAUGUCAAAAUUUAUGACUCUGGAACAUAUAAAACUGUCCAUUCCUUGGACUAUCCAAAUUCAGUUCUUAGCAUAGGAAUUAGUUCAAAUGAUGAAACUAUAGUAGCUGGUAUGGUUGAUGGCUUAAUUUCAGUGAGAAGAAGGGAAGAGGAUACAAAAAAUGAAAAACCACAGCGUAAAAAAGUAUCGUACAGACAUUCUGGCAAAAAUUUGCACACACCACAUAUAGAUAUGGUAGUACACGAAGAAAUGAAAGAAAUUAUGUCUAAACAUGAUACUUAUUUAAGAAAGUUCCAAUAUUCCAAAGCUUUGGACUGUGUAAUGGUGAGUUAUGUUGUGAACAAAACACCACACGUUACAGUAGCGCUUAUGCAGGAACUUAUCAGAAGACAGGGUUUAAAACAAGCUCUUGCUGGUAGAGAUGGAAAGUCUCUUGUAAAUAUUCUCAAAUUUUUGAACAAGCAUGCAGGAAGUGUUCGAUUUGGAAGAGUAUUAUUGCAUGUCAUUAAUGUUCUAAUGGACGUCUACGAGGAUCAUUUGGACGAACUUGCUGCUGAACCACGAAAAAUGUUUAGUAUAUUAGCAUCGAAACUGGAAGAAGAAGAAAACUUAAUAUUAACAUUAUCAGAAUUGCAAGGAAAAUUGCAUAUGAUACUAUCUGCUGCAGAAAUUGUACCACCCACACCAGUGAAAGACGUUCAAGUUUUAGAACCUUCGAGUAAUGCUCAAAAGAAUCUAAUCUUAAGUAUAGCAUAAA